UGAAAACAGGUUAGAUAACGAUUCAAAUAAUGUACCUCAGUCCGACUCCUACCCCAACAUCCCAAAAUUCAAAUAUUCAAACCCCAUCCAUUAAUUAUCCUUUAACGGCACAGUGUCACCCUGGGUAGAAGUAUAUCCUCAAUCAUCUCUGUCUAUCUCUCUGUCUCGCUCUAUCACUCACAAUGUCCUCUCGCUCUCCCCGACUCCCUAUUCGAAGCCUAUCAAAACUCACCAAGUCCAUACGACUAACCCCCAAACCCAAUCGUCUACGUCCACCCAAAUCCUUAUCACUCCCGUACACAAAAACCAUUGCUCGGAUCCUUCAUUCCCUCAACAUUCUCCGUAUCAUCCGUAGUAGCAUUCUCAACACUCCUUUCCCUUUAUCCAACUCCCUUCUUCUCUUCACCUUUAUCACCCAAACUCCACUGGCACCGCUCCUCCUCCUCCUCAUCCUCAAUGCCCGCUCCCUCCCCCUCACAUGGACCUUCCGCGUCCUCUGGUGCGUCAUCAAAGUCCGCACGAGAUACGGCGUUGCAUGGGCGUGUGCGUGGGGGAGGUAUUUCUGGAGGUAUCUGACAGCGUAUAUAAUCAUUUUGACGCGAUCGACGCGGAUCCGGAACGAAAGAAAUACUAUACAUAUGGACUCGGGCUCGGGGUUGAGUUUAACGAGCUCAAUGAAGUCGGAUGUAGAUAAGGAAUUUCUGAAAGAUCUUCACCACCUCCGUCUGUGCGAAAUGGAAACCUGGCUCGAAUCAGUGACGCCAGUGGGUGCGCAUCCGUUUGAGUGGGAGGGGAGGUACGAUACGUGGGUCGGUCCCGACGAUAGUGAUUUCAACAUGCACAUGAGUAAUUCCAGUUAUCCAAAGAUCCUGGAUUUCGCACGUACCAAAGCCUCAUUAGAGUUGUUUCCUCAGUUUCUACGUGUGGGCGGACAUGUGGCAUUGUCUUCAACCCACUUCCACUUCAUCAACGAACUUCCCCUCUUCUCCAAAUACCAAAUCCGCCUCAGCAUCGGUGCGUGGGAUGAAAAAUGGUGUUACAUCGUCUGUCGAUUCGUUACCGUUGCCAGGUCAAAGAAAACGAACACAAAUUCAAACUCCAAAACGCCGAAACCUAGGAAUACAAACAUCCCCCGUAUACUCAUCCAACCUCCGACUCCCCUCGUCCAAUCAUUAUCACCACCAUCACCGGCACCCUCCUCCAAUUCCUCCUCAUACACACUACCAACGCACGAAUCAAACGACCCCAACGGAGUCAAGCUCCACACCAUCGCCGUCUCCCGGAUCUGCUUCAAACACGGCCGCAUAACUGUCCCCCCAGCGAUCGUGUUCGCGACGAAUGGAGUGUCGGUGCAUCCGUGGGAGGUCGAGGUGAACGCGACAACUACGAAUACAACUAUGGAUGUUCCACUCACACCUCCCUCCACACCUCCGAUGUCGCCUUCAACGAUAUCACCAACUCCUCCACCAUCCUCUCCAUCUCUCCCACCGCGAUUCUCCCACUCCAACCCACCCCCGUCGUGGACACACCACGCGCGCCCGCUCAUCGACAAGACCCAGCGCGGGAGCGAGGCGAAGCUGAGGACGUUUUAUAGGGGUGGGUGGAGGGGUUUGGAUGUGGAUAUGAAAGCUACUACGAAAGAUAUAUACAUGAACUUGAAGAAUUCAAUACCGCAUGACGAAUCCGAAAUCGAUUCCCCCAACUCCUCCGCCUCUCCAAUUUCCUCGAAUUCCAGCGACACUGACACUAACUCUUCCGAUUAUCCAUCCUCACCUGGUACCCCAAGUACUCCACCCACCCCGAUAACCCCAUUUGACAAAUUAGACCUCACUCUCCCCACUCCACUCACUUCUCCUAAACUAACAACGCAAACCCAACCCCCGCCCCCAAAAUGGUGGGACCUUGCAACCGCAACGGGUACCAACACCCGUGCCGAUAAGACCCGCAAAACCCGAUUAGAGGUGUGCAGGAGGUUGGUUGGGGGGAUGGAGGGUGUUAGGGAGAUGUGUUAGGGAUUCAGAGUGUAAGAUGGGAUCGGCUAGAACUUGCACUCCCCUUGCACUCCCUUCCGAAAUUGUUCUGGGCUCAUUGAGUCCGAAUUUCCCCAAGUCAUUCAUAUACAUCUU